AAUGUCAAAAUACAAAACAAAGAAUAACCGCCGAAAACAGAAACGAGGUGGAGGAAAAAUUGUCAGGAAAAGAAGAAAAAAGCACGCAUUUCAUGAAAUUAAUUUACCGAAAGUAGAAAAAACGCUACAACAAUAGCAGCCACAUAGCUGAACACGAUGAGUGCAGGUGACAACGCGAAUGCGGCGCUCAACGCUGCGCUGGAGCAAUACUUCGGCCACAGCAGCUUCAAAUCAGACUUGCAACGAAGUGCUAUAAAAUGUGCUGUGGAAAAAAAGCGCGACAUAUUCGUCUCAAUGCCCACCGGUUCCGGCAAGUCGCUGUGCUACCAGCUGCCGGGUGUGCUGUGCGAAAAUCAAAUAACCAUAGUCUUUUCGCCAUUAUUGGCGCUAAUCAAAGAUCAAAUUGAUCACUUGGGUAAGCUUAAGAUACGCGCCGAUUCAUUGAAUUCCAAGAUGUCAAAUAAAGAACGUGACGCGGUGAUCAGUGAUCUGAAAGCCAUGCGGCCGAGCAUACGCUUUCUAUAUAUCACGCCCGAGCAGGCGGCCACACAGUUCUUUCAAGAUCUCUUGCAAACGUUGGUGAAACACAAUAAGAUCGCCUAUUUUGCCGUCGAUGAGGCGCAUUGUGUCUCGCAAUGGGGACACGAUUUCCGACCAGACUAUCUUAAACUUUGUACGCUGCGCAGGAAAUAUGACAAUAUCGUUUGGAUGGCGUUGACAGCGACAGCAUCAAGACAUGUGCGUGAGGAUAUUUUUAAGCAUUUAGCGCUCAAGCACCCGGUUGCCAAGUUUACAACGCCCAGUUUUCGGAAGAAUCUCUUCUAUGAUGUAGUGUUUAAGAACUCUAUUGAGGAUGAUUUCCAACAUUUAGCCGCAUUUGCAUUGCAUUGCUUCGGCGAUGCGAACGAAUUCAAAGCUGUGCCCGCGCCCAAGAGAGGAUGUGGCAUUGUGUACUGCCGUACGCGUGAACACGUGGAACGUGUCGCAUAUGGUAUUUCGAAGCAAGGUGUGGGCGCUGUGGCAUAUCAUGCGGGCCUUAAAGGCGCAGAGCGCAUACAGGUGCAAGAGCAAUGGAUGAACGGUGAAUACCCUGUGAUAUGUGCAACCAACAGUUUUGGCAUGGGUGUGGAUAAGCCGUCAGUGCGAUUCGUUAUACAUUGGGAUGUGCCACAAAAUGUGGCGGCCUACUAUCAGGAGUCGGGCCGCGCUGGACGCGACGGGCUACAAUCGUACUGUCGGUUGUAUUAUGGGCGUGAAGAUGUGAAAUCCAUACAAUUUCUACUGCAAAGCGAUGUGAAUAAAACGAAGAAUUCCACAUGCUCUGGAAAGCAGGAGCUUGCGCAGCGUGCUGUGAAGAAUUUCGAUGAAAUCGUUAGCUUCUGUGAGAGUCUGCGUUGUCGCCAUAAACUCUUCUCCGAUUACUUUGGUGAUCCGCCACCAGACUGCAAUGGGCAAUGUGACGUGUGUAAGCACCCGAAGAAAAUCGAAAAGGCUUUAGAAAUGUUUCACAAACUCUGUAUGGACGGACGUUUCAAAUCUGGUGUCUCAUUGGAAGAUAGUGCCGAUUUGUAUGAAGGUGGACGCGCGGGUGCCAAAAGAUUAAAAGACGACUACGGCGAUUCUGACGACGACAGCUCUGUAAGUCACGACCAAUUGGCGAAGAAAGCGAAGCGCGACACUGAAAAUUUCAUACGAAAGCAAUUUCAACUGCGCAAACAAUUGAAUGCGGCGCGUGAAGUGGAGAAGGAGGGCAAAUCACAGAUAACGCGUGUCAAGCAUGCACCAUCGUCGGGUGUCAAAGUUUCCGGACUUACGACGGCCAUACGUGAGAACUAUCUCAGCGCAAUUGUCAGUGCGCUGAAGCUAAAUGUUGAACAAUGCAAGGAAGAUGAUCCGCGUAGGGAUCUGCGCCAUCGUGAUUUUGAAGCCAUUGCCAUAGACAUAGAAUAUGAAUGCUUUUCGAGGGUGAAGGUGACCAACAUGUAUCGACAUGCCUUGGCAAAGGAGCUUGCAGCCAUUCGCCAGCAAACGAACAAAGAGCUUCUCAUGCCGAUAUUAAGAGCCUAUGUAGCACGUCCGGAAACAAGUCAGCAGAGCGUCUGGACGGGCGGUAGUGUUGAGUACUUUGAGCGAAAAUUAAAGGAGUUGGAAGAUUCGCGACCAUCAUCGCCCAGUGUAACAGCCAAGAACAACUCAACGAAAGAUCUUCCUAAAGCGCUGCGUCACAAAAAGAGUUACAAACAGGACACUGCCAAGCAGACAACCAUUGGUAGUUUUUUCGAGAAGAAUAAGAGAAUUAAAAGCGAAGGCGAUAACUGUUCACCGGUAAGCAGCAGUGGAGAGAGCCAAGAGUUGGAAGGUAAUGAAAACGGGAAUAUUAAGCAAGAGCGCGAGGAGAGUAUGGAUGUGGAAAAUACAGAGACCAACGAGGAGAAGCAAGAUCAAAUUGAAAGAACACCCGUUAAAGAAGAAGAUGCUUAUGAUCCCGACAAAGACGACACCUUAAAAAAUGAUUCCCCAAACUUACAAAUAGAUGAUGAUCUCGAGGACAUAAGUGACAAGGAUAUCAACUCCAAUGAAUUUAAAAUGAGCGAAGAUGAGGAGAAGCAUGAUGCUGACAAAAAUGGAAAGAGCCGCUUGGAUAAGCGUACUGUCAAACCGGCGGACACGAAAAUGGAUUCGCUGUUUGGCAACGACGAUUGGGAUGAUCCAGCUGAAGAGAUGUUGGAGAACUCAAUUAAGUCUACAACUAAGAAAGAUGAUGGCAAAAUAAAGACACUUUUCGGUGAUGAAUCAGACAUUUCAACUACGAACAAAUCAGAUAGCUCCAGAACAGACACCAGGCACGAAGAUGAAGAGUACUACGACGUGCAAGCACAUCACAAACGCAAACACAGAACGUCACACUACAGCAAGUCCAAGGAGAAAUCGCCAACGCAUAGUUAUAAAAACGCGGUCAGUUACGAAGCAUACUAUCAGUCUGCGUCCAGCUCAACAUCACACCAUCACAAAUCAUCCAUAAGUUCCACAUUAACCUCACACCAAUACAAAUCGGACUCUUCGUCUGCCAGUUCAUCUUCGCGUCGCAAACACAAACACAAGCACCACUCCAAGCAUAAGCACAAGGACGAAGAUUUGGACGAACUGGAAAUAUACGAGAAUUCGUCGGCCACCAAAUGCAAAUACCAGGACGCCUUUGAGGAUUCGGUCAAGUAUGAGAAAUCGGUGAAAGAGAAGCUCAAAGCACUACGUGCCGAAUGGCAAGAGUUUGAAAGCGAAUCGGAUAAGAAACGUGAGGAGUCGGGAGAUUCAUUAGAUGAGUUGGAACUACUUGCUUUAAGCAAGAAGAAAAUAGAAGACGAGCUAAAAGCUUUAGAAGAGAUAGAAAGAAAAGCAGCGGCAGAUAAAGCUGCUGCACAGAAAAAGGCAAUCAAAAAUGACGAGGAAACAGCUGCGAACAACGACACAAAACCAACCGAAAAGGAAAUACUUUCAAAGAACACAAUCGGCGCCACAUUAAAGACGGAAGAUGCAUCUAAACAGUCGGACUGGCAUGCAACCAAGCGCAAGAAAGAGUCCGAAAGUGAUAUGAACGGUAGUAAACCUACAUUCGCAUUGCCGAAAAACAACAAAAAUGCUGAAAAUUCCAACACCAAUGAAAGUGGCGCUAAAGGCAGCGAAUAUCGAAAACCAACGCAAAGGCCAGAAACUAAUUCGAAACACUCCUCAAAUGAAAGACAAGCGCGCCUUAAUGCUGCUAAACAUAAAACAGAUGUGAGUAAAUCUGUCGUUGAGCUACUAAAUCCCUACUACAAAAAGAAGAUCACUUCAAAGGAGCUCUUCAAAACAUUGGCCAAAAGAAUAACAACUCGUGUUUGUGACGGCAAAUUGGAGCCAUCACACUGCAAGUCAUACAUACGAGACACGUUUCUCACCAUCAAUAUGGUCGCAACGGAAGCGGACCUAGACAAAUACUUUCCGCUCACUUGAACAAACGGCUGUUACAAUGCUAAGCAAUAGUAGAUUUCGUUGUACUAGUCUCUCGGCUGGCCGAAGUCUCAAACAUAACUUUGUUGAAAACUAUUUCACGACUUUUCCAUAUAAAAUUUGAACUAUUCGCUGGAAGUCAACUAAAAUGGUUUACAGUUUUCGAUUUACUUGUAAUGGCAAAUCUGAAUUUAUUUUGCCAUAAUUGCCAUGAAGUAUGGAAUUAAUUUAUAAAGCAAAUCCCAAAUCUAUUACCUACAUACAUACAUAUG